AUGCUGGCCGGAUGGAGAGAGCUGUCUACAGGGAUCAGCGCUAUACUUUGUUGCCUCCUUUUCUUCUGGCUCUUGUACUCUCAUCCACCCAAGGAAGGAAAGGAGCUGGAAGUUGGGACGUGCGAAAUCACAGCCUUGGACAGAGAUACAAGUCAUCCCAAGAGGAUGAUCGCCAGGCAGACAGCACGGUGUGCUUGUCGGAGGGGCCAAGUUGCUGGAACAACAAAAGCAAAACCUGCCUGUGUGGAUGCCCACAUCAUUGUCAAUAAACAGUGGUGCGGGAUGGAGCCCUGUGAUGAUGGGGAGCAGUGCUCUUUGCUAAUCAAUCGUUCAGGCUGGAGCUGCACUAGGCAACUGGGACGAAUCAAAACAGUCACGGUCUCUUGACAACGAUUGUGCACCGACCUGUGAGAACAACUUCUCCACUCCCUGCGCACUGAAGCUACAGUUCAGAGGUCAUCUCAUC